GUUCUAGAGUCUUGUCCAGCUCUGAUUAAGUCCCGUACUACGUCUUCUUCUGUUUGCCUUCAGUCCAUUUUCCUAUAGGUUUCUCAGUCAUAUUUCUUGUUUGAUCAUUUUUGAAUUAUUACUAUCCUAAAACUAGUAGGUUAGUUGUUAUCUUGAUAGGUUUAUGUGGUCCGUAUCUCAAAACAUCCAUAUAUAUUUAUUUUUGUUGGUUUAACAACCCUGAUAUCGCAAAUGUGAACGAUAUUUGAAAUCAUUGUUCGGAUUUAUUUCAAUUUUAUGAUCGCAAAUACCUGUAUUACUAUGUUUACGUUAUUGCAAAUCAUUUAUCAUGGAAUUUUACUGUGUAAAAGGUUUUAUUUUAAAUUCAACAACUGUUUUAUUAUUUGGACAUAGAUUUUUUAAAUUUAGUUUGUUAGAAUCUUUUAACACCUAUGAAGUUUCUUGCUUUAGUAACCAUGUAUGCUUUGGCUGCUGCCAAACAUGAAAAAUAUAUCGGGUUGGUAUCAUCUGAUGAUCUUAUAGAAUCGUAUAGUUCUGCAGUUGUCUUAAAAUUAAGCGUAAGAUUCACCAUGACUACAAAAGGACACUUGAAAUAACACCGCCAUUCACAUAACCGCUUAUGUAAUAAUGAACAAAUUCGGAGGCGACCAAUGAACAAUGUCUGCUAUGACAAAAAUACUCCAUUAGCAAUUGAACUUAAAACUGUCAUAAAAAAUCGUAAGCAAACAAUAUCUAGUAGAAGUUUAUUAUCCAUUGAAAUUGAUUCUAGAUGGAAAACAUACAUCGUGAAUACCACUACUGAGGAACAGGUUAUUAAAUUGGUCUCUACUGGCACUAAACUCGGAAUAGACUUCUUAACUACCCCGAAUUUGAAGGAAGAAGGACUUCUUCUAGUGGAUCCAAAACAGCAAGAAGAAUUAACCAAAAGUUUGAUUGCAUUAGGCAUACAGUACAGGACUCACGCAGACAAUAUUAAAUCAUUGCUGGAUCACGACGACUUUCUGAUUAAAGAGCGGAAUAAAUCUAUAGCUCUAAGAGGCCACACUUUUAUGCCUUAUGACAAUUAUCAACCAUUAGACGUGAUUUACAACUUUAUGGAUACAAUUGCCAGUAAGUUCCCCACGACGACCAAAUUGGUAAGAAACGCAUUCUCUUUCGAUAGACGUCCAAUCAAAUAUAUGAAAAUUUCGAACACUAACUUUCAAGAUGAAAAGAAACCAGUCAUCUUAAUCGAUGGUGGAAUACAUGCUAGGGAAUGGAUCGCACCUCCUGUUGUAACUUGGAUUAUCAGGAAGCUGACUGAAGGUCUAAAUGAGCGUCAUCUUCUUGAUGAACAGGAUUGGAUCCUCGUGCCUGUUGUCAACCCUGACGGCUACGAUUAUACUUUUACUCAGGACCGCUACUGGCGGAAAACUCGCUCCACGAAUACCCAUCAUAACGCCAGAAGAUGUCCAGGUGUUGACAGCAAUCGAAACUUUGCUCACUUUUGGAAUACCAGUGACACCAGCAGUGAUCCCUGCUCCUUAAUUUACCCUGGGAAUUACGCCUUUUCUGAACUUGAAACUAGUCUCAUCCGGGACAUACUCCAACAAUACCGUAGUCGCAUUGUUUUGUAUAUCAACUUGCACAGUUUUGGAAGCAUGAUUUUGUAUCCAUGGCUUCAUGACGGUUCUAGGUCUAGACGGGCUCAUUAUCUUCAUCUGGUAGGUACUGCUAUGGCCGAUGCUAUUCAUUAUCAUUCGUUACAUCACUUCCCUGGAUACAGAGUUGGUAAUGGAGCUACAAUUUUAUACGGUGCUUCUGGCAGUGGGGUCGACUACGCUCACUCUCUUGGGAUUCCUUUGGCGUAUGCUUUUGAGCUGCCUGGUCUUUCUGAAAGCAAUCACGGCUUCAACCUAGAACCCAGAUAUAUUAAGCAAGUUUGCUUGGAGACUUGGGCUGGUAUAAAAGUGGGUGUGAAGCAGGCUACGAAGUUAUUCAGAAAAGAUUAUUUAUAAUUAGUUUUAGAAUGUUUGUAAAUUAAUAAUAAUCAUGUUACAGAAAA